AUGGCCGACGAGCUGGACGAGCUCAUCGACUUCCUCUCCAACAGCUCCCCACAGGUGCGCGGCGCCGCGGCGGACAUCGUGCGGGGGCUCACCGGGGACAGCGACGGGCUGCGCUCCCUCGCGGCGCGCGCCGACCGCGCGCUGCCGGCGCUGCUCCGGCUGCUCGCGUCCGUGGGGGGCGGUGGCGCGGGCGAGGCGGCGGCCGACUCGCUCGUCAACCUCAGCCAGGACGGCGACCUCGCCGCGCGCCUCGUGGUGCUCGGCGCCGUCGCGGCCGCCAUGGACGUGAUGGUCAAGCGCGGCGGCGAGCAGCCCAAGCUCGCGCGCAGCCUUGUCAUGCUGCUCGUCAACCUCACCCAGGUCGAGUCCGGCAUCUCGGCCCUCCUCCAGGUUGGUGAUGAAAAGGUUCAAGGGCUGUAUGUUGCAAAGCUUGUGCGCUCGUUCUGCAGGUCAUCUUGUGACUCUGAAGAUGAAGAUAUAUUUGAACACAUCGCCUCUAUACUUGUGAAUAUCUCAAAGGUUGAAGCUGGACGGAGAAUACUGAUGGAACCUAAGAGAGGUCUUCUAAAGCAGAUUAUAGGACAAUUCGAUUCAACAAACCAACUUAGAAAGAAAGGGGUUGCUGGCACCAUCCGUAACUGUUGCUUUGAAGCUGAUACCCAGAUACAAAAUUUGCUUUCUAUAGCAGAAUAUCUUUGGCCAGCUCUACUUUUGCCUGUAGCUGGAAAGAAGAUCUAUAGCGAAGAAGAUAGAUCGAAAAUGCCUCCCGAGCUUGCAAAUGCACUUUCUCAUGAACGAGAAGCUGUCGAUGAUUCUGAAAUUCGUGAACGGGCACUGGAGGCUAUCUAUAUGAUCGUGAUGCAGGAUGAUGGACGAAAGGCCUUUUGGUCAGUCAAUGGGCCACGGAUACUGCAGGUUGGUUAUGAAGACGAAGAGGACCUGAAAGUGAUGGGAGCAUAUGAGUUGAUUGGUUCUUUGCUUGUCGGUAAGGGUGAAAUUGAACAAGAUCAAGAGCAAGGAGAAGAUAAGCCUCAAUGA